AUGGAUAAGGCUAGAGAAGAGGGUAGAAUUUCUGGAGUCAAAAUUGCUCCUACUGCUCCAGCCAUUUCACGUCUUCUCUUUGCGGAUGAUUGCAUUAUUUUCUUGAAGGAUAGUGAGAAAGAAAUUUAUCAUCUCAUAACUAUUUUAAAUAUGUAUACGGAAGCCUCGGGACAGAGAAUCAAUGUUGACAAAUCUGGGAUUACAUUCGGCAACCAGAUUUUGAUCAGAAAUAGAGUAGAAAUAGAAGAGAUCUUAGGGUUGCCAGCUUGGGAUAGACCAGCUUCAAGGUUGAAAGAAAAACUCCUUAGUCAAUCUGGGAGGGAGGUUCUCAUCAAAUCGGUUAUUCAAGCGAUACCUGCCUAUGCUAUGAAUGUUGUCCAUUUCCUAAAGGUUUUUGUCAACGUCUUAGUCAGAAGGUGGCUAAAUUUUGGUGGGCUUCUACUAGUAAGGAUAGUGGUAUCUAUUGGAGGAGUUAGGAUAAAAUUUGUGCUAGCAAAAGGGAUGGAGGAAUUGGUACUUAAGGCUGUGUAUUUUCCAAAUAAGGACUUUAAAGAAACUAAGGCAGGAAGGGGAACAUCUUGGAUUUGGAAAAGUAUUAUGCAUGCUAAGAAUUUUCUUUUGAGAAAUGGAAGAUGGUUGAUUAGGAAUGGAGAAAAAGUGAGAAUCCUGGAAGAUAACUGGAUUUUGAACAUGCAUAAGAGUCCUAAGGUUACGAAUAAUGAUGUCACUUUUGUAAAGGAGCUGAUUAGUGAAGGACAUGGGUGGAAUAUAAAUGAGUUAAGGAAACAUUUUGAUGGAGAUACUAUAGGGAAGAUCAUUUUCCCCAGUGAGAACCAGAGACCACUGAGCAUGCGUUGCUGCUCUGCUCUUGGACAAGGGCUGCAUGGUUUGGAGCCCAAAUUCAGUGCUGUCCUACGGCUCAUACAGUCUCAUCUUUUGAAUAAUGGAUAA